AUGGCUCCUGGAAACAAAUAUUCCGUCAUUUUACCGACCUACAACGAGAGGAAGAACCUGCCCAUUAUUGUCUUUUUGCUCAACGACAGCUUCACGAAGAAUGGCUUGGAAUACGAAAUCAUCAUUGUCGAUGAUGCCAGUCCAGAUCAUACCGCUGAAAUUGCAAGACAACUGCAGACAGCAUUUCCCAACCGGAUCAUCCUCAAGGAACGUUCGGGGAAGCUUGGACUGGGCACCGCGUACGUUCACGGUCUCCAAUUCGCUACAGGAAAUUUUGUGAUCAUCAUGGACGCCGAUUUUAGCCAUCACCCCAAAUUCAUACCUGAUAUGAUUCGAGUUCAAUCGACAAAAGACUAUGACAUUGUGACUGGUACAAGAUAUUCUGGAAAGGAUGGAGGCGUCUACGGCUGGGAUCUAAAGAGGAAGCUUGUCUCAAAAGGCGCAAACAUCUUCGCGGAUACUUUACUCCGUCCAGGUGUAAGUGACCUCACUGGCAGCUUCAGGUUAUACAAAAAGGACGUGUUGGAAAAGGUUAUCAUGAAAGUGCAAAGCAAAGGGUAUGUAUUCCAGAUGGAACUUAUGGUACUGGCGAAGUCAAUGGGAUACUCUGUCGCUGAGGUGCCUAUUAGCUUUGUAGACCGUUUAUACGGGGAGUCGAAGCUUGGGUCAUCAGAGAUCGCGGAGUAUGCAACGGGGGUUCUGAGCUUAUGGAUGAGGGUCUAG